AUGCUGCUCCCUGCCCUCCUCUUUGGGGCAGCAUGGGCACUGGCUAAUGGGCGAUGGUGCGAGCGGACAGAGACCGUCCUGGUGGAAGAGGAAGUCACCCCCCGUCAGGAGGACCUGGUGCCCUGUGCCAGCCUCCAGCAUUACCAGCGCCGGGGCUGGCGGCUGGACCUGACCUGGAGUGGCCGUGAGGGGCUCUGUGCCGUCUACAAACCCCCAGAGACCCGGCCUGCUGCCUGGAACCGGACAGUGAGGGCCUGCUGCCCAGGCUGGGGGGGCACCCAUUGCACCCUAGCCCUUGCAGAGGUCAGCCCUGAGGGCCACUGCUUUGCCACCUGGCUGUGCAACCCGGGGGCAGGCUCAGUGAACGCCUCUGCAGGAAGCCUGGAGGAGUGCUGUGCCCGACCUUGGGGACACAGCUGGCGAGAUGGCCGCUCCCAGACCUGCCACCGCUGCUCCAACCACAGACGACUGGGCAACACGCCCUCCCCAGCCAUCCUGCAGCCCCUGGCAGGGGCCGUGGCCCAACUCUGGAGCCAGCGCCAGCGUCCCUCGGCCACCUGCGCCACCUGGUCCGGCUUCCACUAUCGCACCUUCGACGGACGCCACUUCCACUUCCUGGGCCGCUGCACCUACCUGCUGGCGGGCACAGCUGAUGCCACCUGGGCUGUCCACCUCCAGCCCAGGGGGCAUUGUCCCCAGCCUGGGCACUGUCAGCUGGCCCGGGUAAUGAUGGGACCAGAGGAGGUGCUGAUCCGGGGUGAAAACGUCUCUGUGAACGGGCGGCUGGUACCCGAGGGGGCGUCUCAGCUUCUCCCUGGGCUCAGCCUGCAGUGGCAAGGGGACUGGCUGGUGCUGUCGGGGGGCCUGGGGGUUGUUGUGCGGCUGGACCGGUCCAGUUCUGUCUCCAUUUCUGUGGACCGAGAGCUCCAGGGACAGACGCAAGGCCUCUGUGGGGUCUACAAUGGCCGGCCUGAGGAUGACUUCCUAGAGCCUGGCAGGGGACUGGCUGCGUUAGCUGCCACCUUUGGGAAUUCCUGGAGACUCCCAGACUCAGAGCUUGGGUGUCUGGAUGCAGUGGAGGCAGCUCAAGGCUGUGAGGACCCCCUGAGGGACACAGAGACGGACACGGAGGCUGGCCGGCUUCGGGCUGAAGCCCAGGAUGUGUGCCACCAGCUGCUGGAAGGCCCAUUCAGAGAAUGCCACACCCAGGUCCCCCCUGCAGAGUACCACGAGGCCUGCCUCUUCGCCUACUGUGCUGGGGCCCCAGCGGGCAGUGGGCGGGCAGAGCGGCUGGAGUCCGUGUGCGCCACCCUGGCCAGCUACGCCCAGGACUGUGCCGCGCGGCGCAUCGCAGUGCGCUGGAGGAAGCCCGGCUUCUGCGAGCGCCUGUGUCCGGGGGGCCAGCUGUACUCCGACUGCGCCUCGGCCUGCCCGCCCAGCUGCUCGGCAGUAGGCGAGGGAAGCGAGCGGAGCUGCGGGGAAGAGUGCGUGAGCGGCUGCGAGUGCCCGCCGGGUCUCUUCUGGGACGGGGCCCUGUGUGUGCCUGCCGCCCGCUGCCCCUGCUACCGCCGACGCCGGCGCUACGAGCCCGGGGAUGUCGUGCGCCAGCUCUGCAACCCGUGCGUGUGCAGGGACGGCCGCUGGCUCUGCGCGCAGGCGCCGUGCGCCGCCGAGUGCGCGGUGGGCGGGGACGGGCAUUACGUCACCUUCGAUGGGCGGAGCUUCUCCUUCCGCGGCCCCGCCGGUUGCCGCUUCAGCCUGGUGCAGGACUUUGCCAAGCGGCAGCUGCUGAUUGUACUGGAGCACGGGGACUGUGACGCUGGGAGCUGCCUCCAGGCCAUCUCUGUCUCCUUGGGGGACAUCCUCGUCCAGCUCAGGGACUCAGGAGCUGUGCUGGUCGACGGUCAGGACGUGGCCUUGCCCUGGAGUACAGCUGGGGGCCUCAGUGUCUCCCGGGCCUCUUCCUCUUUCCUGCUGCUGCGCUGGCCUGGUGCCCGCAUCCUCUGGGGAAUGUCUGACUCUGCAGCCUACAUCACCCUGGACCCCCACCACGCCCACCAGGUGCAGGGUCUGUGCGGCACCUUCACCCGAAAUCAGCAGGAUGACUUCCUGACCCCUGCCGGCGAUGUGGAGACCAGUAUCACCGCCUUUGCUAGCAAGUUCCAGGUGGCAGGCAAGGGAACGUGCUCCUUGGAGGCCAGCACCCUGCUUUCCCCCUGCAGCACCCACACUGAGCGCCAGGUUUUCGCGGAAGUAGCCUGUGCCAUCCUGCAUGGCCCAACCUUCCAGGAGUGCCACGGGCUGGUGGACAGGGAGCCGUUCCACCUGCGCUGCUUGGCAGCUGUGUGUGGCUGCGCCCCUGGCCGGGACUGCCUGUGUCCCGUGCUCGCGGCCUAUGCUCGGCGCUGUGCCCAGGAGGGUGCCCUGCCUUCCUGGAGAAACCGGACCUUCUGCCCUGUCCUGUGUCCCGGUGGCCAGGAGUACCAGGAGUGUGCCCCAGCAUGUGGUCACAACUGCGGGGAGCCUGAAGACUGUGGGGAGCUGGACAGCUGUGUGGCCGGCUGUAAUUGCCCCCUGGGACUGCUGUGGGACCCCGAGAGCCAGUGUGUGCCCCCCAACUUGUGCCCCUGCCAGCUUGGGGCCCGUCGCUAUGCCCCUGGCAGUGCUGCUAUGAAGGACUGCAACCACUGCGUCUGCCAGGAGAGGGGCCUCUGGAACUGCACUGCUCACCGCUGCGCUCCGCCCCGGGCCUUCUGCCCCGGUGAGCUCGUCUAUGUCCCUGGAGCCUGCCUCCUCACCUGUGACAGCCCUGACGCAGACCGCCUCUGCCCACCAGGCAGCCCGAGGGGCUGUGUCUGCCCCCCAGGCACCGUGCUGCUGGAGGAGCGCUGCGUGCCUCCUGAGCUCUGUCCGUGCCGUCACGGCGGCCAGUGGUACCUGCCCAACGCUACAAUCCAGGAGGACUGCAACCUGUGCAUGUGCCAGGGUCGCCAGUGGCACUGCACGGGCCAGCGGUGCGAUGGACGGUGCUGGGCGUCAGGCGCCCCUCACUAUGUGACAUUUGACGGGCUGGCCCUCACCUUCCCCGGGGCCUGCGAGUACCUGCUGGUGCGAGAGGCCAGCGGCCAGUUCACGGUCUCCGCCCAAAACCUACCCUGCGGGGCCAGCGGCCUCACCUGCACCAAGGCGCUGACCGUGCGGCUACAGGGCACCGUCGUGCACAUGCUCAGAGGCAGGGCAGUGACAGUGAAUGGGGUGAGUGUGACGCCUCCCAAGGUCUACUCGGGCCCCGGGCUGAGCCUGCGCCCCGCUGGCCUCUUCCUGCUCCUCAGCACCCGCCUGGGCCUCACCCUGCUCUGGGAUGGAGGUACCCGGGUCCUGGUGCAGCUGUCCCCCCAGCUCCGCGGCAGGGUGGCUGGCCUGUGUGGAGACUUCGAUGGAGACGCCAGUAACGACCUCCGGAGCCGCCAGGGGGUCCUGGAGCCCACCGCUGAACUGGCUGCCCACUCCUGGCGCCUCGGUCCUCUCUGCCCGGAGCCAGGGGACCUGCUGCACCCCUGUGCCGUGAAUGCACACCGGGCCGGCUGGGCCCGCGCCCGCUGCGGGGCAGUGCUGCAGCCACUCUUUGCCCGGUGCCACGUGGAGGUGCCCCCACAGCCGCACUACGAGCGGUGUGUGUAUGAUGCCUGCGGCUGCGAUUCGGGGGGCGACUGUGAGUGUCUCUGCUCGGCCAUUGCCACCUACGCAGACGAGUGUGCCCGGCACGGGAUCCAUGUGCGCUGGCGCAGCCAGGAGCUCUGCCCUCUGCAGUGUGAGGGGGGCCAGGUGUAUGAGGCCUGUGGCCCCACGUGCCCUGCCACGUGCCAAGACCACCGUCCCGAGCCUGGGUGGCCCUGCCGGGCCGUCACCUGUGUGGAGGGCUGUUUCUGCCCCGAGGGGACUCUGCUACACGGAGGCAUCUGCUUGGAGCUGGCUGCCUGCCCGUGCGAGUGGGGGGGCAGCUUCUUCCCGCCGGGCACGGUGCUGCAGAAGGACUGUGGCAACUGCACGUGUCGGGAAAGUCAGUGGCUUUGUGGGGACGACGGCGGCCGCUGUGUGGAGCCCGAGCCUGGCUGUGCGGAGGGAGAGACCCCAUGCCAGGAAAGCGGGCGCUGUGUGCCCCACGGGUGGCUCUGUGACAACCAGGAUGACUGUGGCGAUGGCUCAGACGAGGAGGGCUGUGCCACCCUGGGCUGUGGCGAGGGGCACGUGUCUUGCAGCUCCGGCCGCUGCCUGCCCCUGGUCCUGCUCUGCAAUGGGCAGGAUGACUGUGGAGACGGGAGUGAUGAGCAGGGCUGCCCGUGCCCCCAGGACUCGCUGGCCUGUGCCGAUGGGCACUGCGUGCCCCCGGCCCGGCUCUGUGACGGGCACCCCGACUGUCUGGACGCUGCUGAUGAGGAGUCCUGCCUGGGGCAGCUGGAUUGCGCCCCUGGAGAGGUGUCCUGCAUCGAUGGUACCUGCCUGGGGGCCAUCCGGCUGUGUGACGGAGUCUGGGACUGUCUGGACGGAGCUGACGAGGGGCCUGGGCACUGCCCCCUCCCCUCUCUGCCCACUCCCCCCGCUGGUACCUUGCCUGGCCCCUCUGCUGUCUCCUGGAGACUGCACCUACCCCCCUGGCCAGCGUCAGCCCUGGACGUCCCCGCAGCGCUGCCCUGCGGCCCCUUGGACUUCGCGUGCGGCAGCGGCGAGUGCGCGCCCCGGGGCUGGCGCUGCGACGGCGAGGGGGACUGCGCCGACGGCAGCGACGAGAGCGGCUGCGACCGGCCCUGCGCGCCGCACCACGCGCCCUGCGCGCGCGGCCCGCACUGCGUGGCCGCGGAGCAGCUGUGUGAUGGCGUCCCGCAUUGCCCCGACGGCUCGGACGAGGGCCCGGGAGCCUGCGAGGGGCUGUGGGCCGCAGGAGGCCCCAACCAGACAGGGCUUCCCUGCCCAGAAUACUCCUGCCCGGAUGGCCUCUGCAUCCGAUUCCAGCAGGUGUGCGACGGGCAGCCCGACUGUGAGCUGGCGGGGACGGCAGGGCCCUCCCCAGAGGAGCAGGGCUGUGGGGCCUGGGGGCCCUGGAGUCCCUGGGAGCCGUGCAGCCGGACAUGUGGGCCCGGGGCGCAGGGCCGGAGUCGCCGCUGCUUGCCCCCGAGCCUCCCGGUGCUGCGGCACUGCCCCGGCCCGGAGCGCCAGACUCGGGCCUGCUUCGCAGCUGCCUGCCCAGAGGACGGUGCAUGGACCUCCUGGUCACGCUGGUCCCCGUGCUCUGAGCCGUGCGGGGGAGUCACGGCUCGCCACCGGGAGUGCCACCCACCCCAGAAUGGCGGCCGGACAUGUGCCAUGCUACCCGGAGGCCCUCCCAGCACCCGGGAGACCCGACCCUGCCCUCAGGACGGCUGCCCCAGCGUCCCCUGCUCUGGGGAGCUGGUGUUCCAUGCCUGCGCCCCUUGCCCUUUGACCUGUGAUGACAUCUCUGGUCAGGCCGCGUGCCCCACCAACCGGCCCUGUGGCGGCCCAGGCUGCUGGUGCCCUGCGGGGCAGGUGCUGGGUGCCCGGGGGCAGUGCGUGUGGCCACGGCAGUGCCCCUGCCUGGUGGAUGGCGGCCGCUACUGGCCCGGGCAGCGCGUCAAGACAGACUGCCAGCUCUGCGUCUGCCAGGAUGGGCGGCCCCGGCGCUGCCAGCCCAGCCCAGACUGCACGGUGAACUGCGGCUGGUCAGCGUGGUCCCCCUGGGCUGAGUGCCUGGGCCCCUGUGGGAGCCGGAGCAUCCAGUGGUCCUUCCGGAGCCCCAACAACCCCCGCCCGGCCGGUCGAGGGCACCAGUGCCGGGGCCUCCACCGCAAGGCCCGCAGGUGCCAGACAGAGCCCUGUGAAGGCUGUGAGCAGGAUGGCCGGGUCCACCGCGUGGGUGAGCGCUGGCGAGCAGCCCCCUGCAGGGUCUGCCAGUGUCUGCACGACGGCUCAGCACGCUGCUCCCCCUACUGCCCACUGGGCAGCUGCCCCCAGGACUGGGUUCUGGUGGAGGGAGUGGGGGAGUCCUGUUGCCGCUGCGUGCCGCCUGGAGAGAACCAGACGGCCCACCCCAUGGCCACUCCCAUGCCCGCUCCGACCCCCAGCCCUCAGAUCGGAGCCCCUCUGAUCACCUACCUUCUGCCUCCCCCCGGAGAUCCCUGCUAUUCACCCCUGGGCCUGGCCCAACUCCCAGAAGGGAGCCUGCCUGCUUCGUCCCAGCAUCUGGAGCACCCCGCCUGGGCUGCCGUCCUGAGGCCUGCCCCGGGGGCGCCAGGCUGGAGCCCCAUGGAGCACACUGAUACUCAGGGGCACACCCCGCCUCACUACCUGCAGCUCGACCUGCUCCAGCCCAGGAAUCUCACUGGCAUCAUGGUGCAGGGGGCUGGGUCCUCAGACUGGCUCCAGGUCAGCAGUGACGGUCUACACUGGCACAGCUAUCGUGACAUCCGGCCUGGCAUUCAGCCCGCACCCCAGCUUUUCCCCGAGAACUGGGAUGGCGCCUCCACAGUGUGGAUGUUUGCCCGGAUGGUGCAGGCGCGGCACGUCCGGGUGUGGCCUUCUGAUGGGCACCGUCAGGCUGCCCCCCGCAGUGAUGCCAACCCGGGUAGCCCCCUGCGGGUGGAGCUGCUGGGCUGUGAGCCAGCGCCCCUGUGCCCAGGGGUUGGGCACCGCUGUGCCAGUGGCGAGUGUACCCCCAGGGGGUCCCCGUGCGAUGGUGUGGAGGACUGCAAGGACGGCUCUGAUGAGGAGGGCUGCGUGCCCCCGCCCGCAGGCGCUGGCAGAAUCGAGUCCACAGCCUGGAGCUCUGCGCCCUCCUCCACCCAACCUGGACAGCUGCCCCCUCAGCCCAGCGAGGGUCUGGCAGAAGCGGAGGCUGACCACUGGCAUCCCGGGCGGGGGUUACCCGUGCCCCCCACAGGCAAGGGGCCAGCGAGUCUUGGGUCCGAACCUCACCCAAGUCCUGAGGGAUCUGUGCAGACUGCGACCCCCAGCCCCACCUCCCAACCGGAAGUGCAGGCCCUGAGACCAGAAAUGGCAGCUGUGACGAUGCUGCCCCUGCACCCCAUGAUGACACCCGAGGUCCCUGCUGGACGGAGCACCACCCCAGGGCCCUUCCCGCCCGUGCGGUGCAGCCCAGGCCAGGUGCCCUGCGAGGUCCUGGGCUGCGUGGAGCUGGAGCAGCUGUGUGAUGGGAGAGAGGACUGUCUGGAUGGCUCUGAUGAGAGGCAGUGCGCACGGGCAGCGGGCACCAUGCCCUUCACCGUGCCCACCACUGCCCUGCCAGAGUUGCCGGCCUCCAGGGGCCUCUGCUCGCCGAGCCAGCUGACCUGCGGCAGUGGGGAGUGUCUGCCCUCUGAGCGGCGCUGCGACCUGCAGCUGGACUGCCAGGACGGCUCGGAUGAGAGUGGCUGUGUGGACUGUGGCCUGUCGUCCUGGUCUGGCUGGAGCAGCUGCAGCCGUAGCUGUGGCCUGGGCCUCGCCUUCCAGCGCCGGAAGCUGCUGCGGCCGCCCCUGCCUGGGGGCAGCUGCCCAUCGGACCGGCUCCGCAGCCAGCCCUGCUUCGUGCAGGCCUGCCCAGUGGCUGGGGCGUGGGCUGAGUGGGAGGCCUGGGGGCCCUGCAGCGUCUCGUGUGGGGGCGGCCAUCGGAGUCGUCGGAGAAGCUGUGUGGACCCCCCGCCCAAGAAUGGUGGUGCCCCCUGCCCCGGGGCCCGGCAAGAGAGGACACCCUGUGGCCUGCAGCCCUGUGCAGGUGGCACAGACUGCGGGCAGGGCCGCGUGCAUGUGAGUGCUGAGCUCUGCCGGAAGGGGCUGGUGCCACUGUGCCCACCCUCCUGCUUGGAUCCUGAGGCCAACAGGAGCUGCAGCGGAUUCUGUCUGGAGGGGUGUCGCUGCCCCCCCGGGCUCCUUCUCCAGGACGCGGGCUGCCUGCCCCUCUCCGAGUGCCCCUGCCUUGUGGGCGAAGAGCUACAGCAGCCAGGGGUUCCCUUCCUCCUGGACAAUUGCAGCCGAUGCGUGUGUGAGAAGGGGGCCCUGCUGUGUGAACCAGGGGGCUGCCCCGUGCCCUGUGGCUGGUCAGCCUGGUCGUCCUGGGGUCCCUGUGACCGCUCCUGUGGCUCUGGCGUGAGGGCCCGCUUCAGGUCCCCCUCCAACCCUCCGGCUGCUUCGGGGGGCUCCCCGUGUGAGGGCCAGAGGCAGGAGCUUCAGGCCUGCUACUCGGCGUGCGGGGCAGAGGUGCCGGGCUGGACACGCUGGGCUCCCUGGUCCGCCUGCUCCAGGAGCUGCCUCAUCCCUGGAGGAGGCCCAGCCCUGCGCAGCCGUUCCCGGCUCUGCCCCAGCCCCGGGGACAUGUCCUGCCCAGGAGAGGCCACCCAGGAGGAGCCCUGCAGCCCCCCUGUGUGCCUAGGGCUGGGUGUCUGGGGUCAGUGGGCCGCCUGGUCCGCCUGCUCCGCCCCGUGUAAUGGGGGCGUCCAGACCCGAGGGCGCGGGUGCUCUGCCUCGGCUCCUGGGGACCCCGGGUGCCAAGGACCCCACAGCCAGACCAGGGACUGCAACACGCAACCCUGCACAGCCCAGUGCCCGGGCGACAUGGUGUUCCGCUCAGCAGAGCAGUGCCGCCGGGAGGGGGGCCCGUGCCUCCGGCUGUGCCUGGCGCGGGGCCCUGGGGUGGAGUGCACCGGCGUCUGCACCGCGGGCUGCGCCUGUCCCGAGGGCCUCUUCCUGCACAACAGCAGCUGCCUGCCUCCGAGUCAGUGCCCCUGCCAGCUGCGCGGGCAGCUCUAUGCCCCUGGAGCAGUGGCCCGGCUGGACUCGUGCGGCAACUGCACCUGUAUAUCUGGUGAGAUGGUGUGUGCCUCGGAGCCCUGCCCAGUGGCCUGUGGCUGGAGCCCCUGGACCCCAUGGAGUCUCUGCAGCCGCAGCUGUAACGUGGGUGUUCGGCGGCGCUUCCGGGCAGGCACGGCUCCCCCAGCUGCCUUUGGGGGGGCUGCAUGCCAGGGCCCCAACAUGGAGGCUGAAUUCUGCAGCCUGCAGCCAUGCGGAGGUCCUGGUGGGGAAUGGGGCCCCUGGUCUCCGUGCUCCGUGCCCUGUGGGGGCGGCUACCGGAAUCGCACCCGAGGGAGUGGCCGGCCCAGUCCCAUGGACUUCUCCACCUGCGGUCUGCAGCCCUGUGCGGGGCCAGUGCCCGGUGUGUGCCCCCCAGGCAAGCGGUGGCUGGACUGUGCCCAGGGGCCUGCGUCCUGUGCAGAGCUCGGCGCCCCGAGAGGGGCUGACCAGCCCUGCCACCCUGGCUGCUACUGCCCUUCCGGGAUGCUCCUGCUGAACAACGUGUGCGUGCCCACCCGGGACUGCCCCUGCACCUACGGGGGACGCCUCCACCCCCCAGGCAGUGCUGUGCUUCGUCCAUGUGAGAAUUGCUCCUGUGUCUCUGGGCUCAUCACUAACUGCACCUCCUGGCCCUGUGAGGAGGGUCAGCCCACGUGGUCACCCUGGACCCCGUGGAGCGAGUGCUCGGCCUCUUGUGGCCCAGCCCGGCGCCAUAGACACCGCUUCUGCACCAGGCCCCCCAGUGCGGCGCUAUCCAGCAUGGCCCCGCCACCCCUGCUGGCCUCGGUGCCCCCUCUUUGCCCAGGCCUUGAGGCAGAGGAGGAGCCCUGCCUCCUGCCAGAGUGUGACCGAGCUGGAGGCUGGGGCCCUUGGGGACCCUGGUCCAGCUGUAGCCGGAGCUGUGGAGGGGGUCUCCGGAGCCGGAGCCGAGCCUGUGAUCAGCCCCCACCCCAGGGCCUGGGGGAUUACUGUGAGGGGCCUCGGGCCCAGGGGGCGGCCUGCCAGGCUCUGCCAUGCCCAGUGACCAACUGUACCGCCAUCGAAGGAGCGGAGUACAGCGCCUGUGGCCCUCCCUGCCCUCGCUCCUGCGAUGACCUCGUGCACUGCGUUUGGAGCUGCCAGCCCGGCUGUUACUGCCCCCCAGGCCAGGUGCUGAGUGCCGACGGCACCGUCUGCGUGCAGCCCGGUCACUGCAGCUGCCUGGACCUGCUGACUGGGGAGCGGCACCGUCCAGGCGCCCAGCUGGCCAAGCCUGACGGCUGCAACUACUGCACCUGCUCUGAGGGCCGGCUUACCUGCACAGACCUGCCUUGCCCAGUGCCUGGUGCCUGGUGCCCGUGGUUGGAGUGGACGGCGUGCUCCCAGCCCUGCCGGGGCCAGAUGAGGACCCGCUCCAGGGCCUGCAGCUGCCCGGCUCCACAGCAUGGCGGGGCCCCGUGCCCCGGGGAGGCAGGGGAGGUGGGGGCCCAGCAUCAGAGGGAGACCUGCACCAGCCCCACCGAGUGCCCAGUGGAUGGAGCCUGGAGCCCGUGGGGACCAUGGUCUGCCUGUGACAUGUGCCUGGGGCAGUCCCAUCGCAGCCGAGCGUGUAGCUGGCCCCCCACCUCUGAGGGAGGCCGGCCCUGCCCUGGGGGCCACAGGCAGAGUCGCCCCUGUCAGGGCAAUUCCACUCAGUGCACGGACUGUACGGGUGGCCAGGAUCUUCUCCCCUGUGGGCAGCCCUGCCCCCGCUCCUGCGAGGACCUGUCCCCUGGGGUUGAGUGCCAGCCAGACUCGACAGGCUGCCAGCAGCCCAGCUGUGGGUGCCCCCCUGGCCAGCUGUCCCAGGAUGGCCUUUGCGUGCCCCCCACCCAGUGCCGCUGCCAGUACCAGCCUGGAGCCAUAGGGAUCCCUGAGAACCAGAGCCGCUCCGCCGGGUCUGGGCUCAGUUCCUGGGAGAGCCUGGAGCCCGGCGAGGUGGUGACGGGGCCGUGUGACAACUGCACCUGCGUGGCGGGCAUCCUUCAGUGCCAGGAGGUGCCCACCUGCUCAGGGCCGGGGCUGUGGGGCUCCUGGGGCCCCUGGGAGGACUGCAGCGUCUCUUGUGGUGGAGGGGAGCAGCUGCGCUCCCGCCGCUGCCCGCGGCCCCCUUGCCCAGGGCCUGCCCGCCAGAGCCGCACCUGCCGCACCCAGGUCUGCAGAGAGGCAGGCUGCCCAGCCGGGCGUCUGUACCGCGAGUGCCAGCCCAGCGAAGGGUGCCCCUUCUCCUGCGCCCACGUCACCGGGCAGGUGGGCUGCUUCUCUGCUGGCUGCGAGGAGGGCUGUCACUGCCCCGAGGGCACCUUCCUGCACCGCUCAGCCUGUGUCCAGGAGUGCCCCUGUGUGCUCACCGCCUUGUGGCUUCAGGGGUUACAAGUUGCCAGCGCUGACCCGGGGGCUCACCUGUCUGUUCUGGGAGAGAACGGUCAGCUUCUUGGGCCUGGCGAUGAGUUGGGCUCGGGUCAGAGUCUCCGUACAGGCUGUCACAACUGCUCCUGUGCGCGCGGGAAGCUAUCCUGCUCUGUGGGGGCCUGCUCCAAGGCUGCUGGGGGCUUCGGCCCCUGGGGUUCGUGGGGCCCCUGCUCCCGCUCCUGUGGUGGGCUGGGCACCCGCGCCCGCAGCCGCCAAUGUGUGCUCCCCACGCCCGCUCCUGGUGGCCAGGGCUGCCGCGGGCCCCGCUGGGACCUCGAGCACUGCCCCAGCCCAGAGUGCCCAGGGGCUGCAGGGUCCACAGUGGAGCCAGCGACAGGCCUUCCAGGCGGCUGGGGCCUGUGGUCCCCGUGGUCCCCUUGCUCUGGCACCUGCACAGAUCCGGCUCACCCCACUUGGCGCAGCCGCAGCCGCCUCUGCCUGGCGAACUGCACUGGGGGUGCUGCUUCCCAGGAGCGCCCCUGCAACCUGCCCUCCUGCACAGAGCUGCCCCUGUGCCCGGGCCCCGGCUGUGUGGCUGGGAACUGUUCCUGGACCACCUGGGCCCCGUGGGAGCCGUGCUCCCGCAGCUGUGGGGUGGGCCAGCAGCGCCGCCUGCGGGCCUACCGCCCCCCAGGGCCUGGUGGACACUGGUGCCCCGACGUGCUUACAGCCUACCAGGAACGCCGCUUCUGCAACCUGCGAGCUUGCCCAGUGCCCGGAGGCUGGUCACGCUGGAGCCCCUGGUCCUGGUGUGACCGGAGCUGUGGAGGAGGCCGGUCCCUGAGGAGCCGCAGCUGCUCGAGCCCCCCACCCAAGAACGGCGGCGCUCCCUGUGUUGGGGAGAGCCACCACACCCGGCUCUGCAAUCCCGCGCCCUGUGAGGAGGGCUGCCCUGCAGGCAUGGAGGUGGUCAGCUGUGCCAACCGCUGCCCCCGCCGCUGCUCAGACCUCCAGGAGGGGAUCGUGUGUCAGGAGGACCAGGCCUGCCAGCAGGGCUGCCGCUGUCCCAAGGGGUCCCUGGAGCAGGAUGGUGGGUGUGUGCCCCUCGAGCACUGCGAGUGCACGGAUGCCCAGGGCCACAGCUGGGCCCCGGGGAGCCAGCACCAGGAGGCCUGCAACAACUGCACGUGCGGGGCGGGGCAGCUCUUCUGCACGGCCCAGCCCUGCCCGCCUCCUGCCCACUGCGCCUGGAGCCGCUGGUCAGCCUGGAGUCCCUGCAGCCGCUCGUGUGGGCCUGCAGGGCAGCAGAGCCGCUUCCGGUCUUCCACAUCGGGUUCGUGGGCCCCGGAGUGUCGGGAGGAGCAGUCCCAGAGCCAGCCCUGCCCUCAGCCCCCGUGCCCGCCCCUGUGCCUGCAGGGCACCCGCCUCCGCUCCCUGGGGGACAGCUGGCUGCAGGAUGGAUGCCAGCAGUGCUCCUGCACCCCGGAGGGCAUCAUAUGCGAAGACGCUGAGUGUGCAGGGCUGGGGGCCUGGACGCCAUGGUCCCCCUGGGCUGACUGCCCUGUCUCCUGUGGAGGCGGAAACCAGGUCCGCACCCGGGUCUGCGUGGCUUUGGCCCCUCCCCGAGGGGGCUCCCCCUGCCUGGGCCCCGAUGCCCAGAGCCAGCGCUGUGGGCUGUGGCCUUGCCCAGCGCUGCCAGACGCCUGUUCCUGGGGCCCCUGGGGGCCCUGCUCCCGCAGCUGCGGCCUGGGCCUGGCCUCCCGCAAUGCGUCCUGCUACUGCCCGCUGGCCGAGGCUGACCCUGCCUGCAAUAGUACCUCCCUGCGCCUGGACACCCAGGCCUGCUACGCAGGGCCCUGCCUGGAGGAGUGUGUGUGGAGCAGCUGGAGUGGCUGGACGCGGUGCUCAUGCGAGGUGCUGGUCCAGCAGCGCUACCGACACCAACGACCUGCGCCCGGGGAGGCCGGGGCGGGCCCCCUCUGCACUCGACUGGAUGGCCACUUCCGGCCUUGCCUCAUCGGAAACUGCUCUGAGGACAGCUGCGCGCCUCCCUUUGAGUUCCAGGCCUGCGGCUCCCCCUGCACCGGACUCUGUGCCACAUACCUGAGCCCUCGGCUCUGCCAAGACCUGCCGCCCUGCCAGCCUGGCUGUUACUGCCCCGAGGGGCUACUGGAGCAGGCUGGAGGCUGCGUACCCCCAGAACAGUGUAACUGCCAGCACGUCUCAGGCGAAGGAGCUGGGGUGACCUUGGCCCCCGGGGACCGCCUGCAGCUGGGCUGCAAAGCGUGUGAAUGCCGGCGUGGGGAGCUGCAGUGCACCAGCCAAGGCUGUCAAGGUCUUCUGCCUCUGAGCGGCUGGUCUGAGUGGUCACCCUGUGGGCCCUGCCUGCCCCUCGGCCUGCUGGCCCCUGCCUCCAGGACUGCCCUAGAAGAGCGCUGGCCCCAGGACACAGCUGGCCUGUCCCCCACCUCAGCCCCCAUGCUGGCUUCAGAGCAGCACCGCCACCGCCUCUGUUUGGACCCUGAGACGGGGAGGCCGUGGGCCGGGGACCCAGACCUCUGCACUGUGCCACUCAGCCAACAACGCCUCUGUCCAGACCCUGGAGCCUGCCAAGACUUAUGUCAGUGGGGUCCCUGGAGGGCCUGGAGCCCCUGCCAGGUGCCCUGCAGUGGGGGAUUCCGGCUGCGCUGGAGAGAGGACGGGAGCCCCCCUGGAGGAGGCUGCCGGGGGCCAUGGGCUCAGACUGAGAGCUGUAACAUGGGGCCUUGCCCAGGAGAGAGCUGCGAGGCCCAGGACACCGUGCCUACCCCUGACUGUGCCAACCAGUGCCCAAGAAGCUGUAUCGACCUCUGGGACCGUGUGGAGUGUCUGCAGGGACCAUGUCGCCCAGGCUGCCGCUGUCCCCCUGGCCAACUGGUACAGGAUGGGCGCUGUGUGCCUGUGUCUUCUUGCCGCUGUGGCCUCCCCAGCCCCAACGCUUCCUGGGCACUGGCCCCGGCUGAGGUGGUGUGGCUGGACUGCAGAAACUGCACCUGUGUCAACGGGUCCCUGGCGUGCUCCUCCCACGAGUGUCCAACCCUUGGGCCUUGGUCAGCCUGGAGCAACUGCUCUGCUCCCUGUGGUGGGGGCACCACCGAACGACAUCGGAGCUGCAAGGAGGGCCCUGGGCGGGCACUGUGCCAGGCCCAGGACACAGAGCAACGGCAGGACUGUAACCUGCAGCCCUGCCCUGAGUGCCCACCCGGCCAGGUGCUCAGUGCCUGCGCUGUCUCGUGCCCGCGCCUCUGUUCGCAUCUGCAGCCUGGCACCCUCUGUGUGCAGGAACCCUGCCGGCUUGGCUGUGACUGUCCCAGAGGGCAGCUGCUGCACAACGGCACGUGUGUGCCCCCUGCCGAGUGCCCCUGCACCCAGCUCUCUCUGCCCUGGGGCCUCACCUUGACUCUUGAAGAGCAGCACCGAGAGCUGCCCCCAGGGACUCUGCUCACCCAGAACUGCACCCACUGCGUCUGCCAAGGUGGAGCCUUCAGCUGCUCCCUCACUGACUGUCAGGAGUGCCCCCCUGGAGAAACCUGGCAGCAGGCGGCCCCCGGGGAGCUGGGGCCCUGUGAGCAGACGUGCCGGGAACCCAACACCACGGAGACCCAGGGCAACUGCAGUGGGAGGCAGGCCCCGGGCUGUGUGUGCCAGCGUGGGCACUUCCGCAGCCAGGAGGGCCCCUGCGUGCCCAUGGACCUCUGCGAGUGCUGGCACCAUGGGCGCUCCCACCCGCCGGGAUCCGAGUGGCAGGAGGCCUGUGAGAGCUGCCGCUGCAUCAGCGGGGAGAGUGUCUGCACCCAGCACUGCCCCCCGCUCACCUGUGCCCAGGGUGAGGUGGCCGUGCAGGAGCCUGGAAGCUGCUGUCCCACUUGCCGCCAGGAGGCUCUGGAAGAGCAGCCCGUCUCCUGCCGGCACCUCACGGAGCUUCGCAACCUCACCAAGGGCGCCUGCUACCUAGAGCAGGUGGAAGUGAACUACUGCAGCGGGCACUGCCCGUCCAGCACCAACGUCCUGCCUGAGGAGCCGUACCUGCAGAGUCAGUGUGACUGCUGUAGCUACCGCCUAGACCCUGAGAACCCAGUGCGCAUCCUGAACCUGCGCUGCCCCGGCGGCCGCACAGAGCUGGUGGUGCUGCCGGUCAUUCACAGCUGCCAGUGCAGCGCCUGCCAGGGAGGUGAUUUCUCAGAGCGCUGA